CUGGCCUUGCUGAACUUCUUCCACCCCGAGGACAAGCUGCACGUGGGUGAGGAAGGCAGACGAGUGCGGCGGAACAAGAGGAGUAAAGGCAGCGAAGGACCUGAUGGUCCAAGUUCAGUGAAAAACAAGAAAAAGGGGAAGAAGGCUGGUCCUCCAGGGCCCAACGGACCCCAAGGGCCACCAGGUCCUCCUGGGCCACAGGGUCCCCCUGGAAUUCCUGGAAUCCCUGGGAUUCCUGGCACAACUGUCAUGGGACCACCUGGACCGCCCGGCCCGCCCGGCCCUCAGGGACCACCUGGAGUGCAGGGACCCUCAGGUGCAACAGACAAGGCAGGCUCCAGAGACAGCCAGCCAGCUGUGGUUCACCUCCAAGGCCAAGGCUCAGCAAUCCAAGUGAAGAAUGAUCUUUCAGGUGGAGUCCUCAAUGACUGGUCUCGAAUCACCAUGAACCCCAAGGUGUUUAAGCUUCAUGCCCGCAGUGGGGAGCUGGAGGUACUGGUGGACGGCACAUACUUCAUCUAUAGUCAGGUAGAAGUAUACUACAUCAACUUCACAGAUUUUGCCAGCUAUGAGGUGGUGGUGGAUGAAAAGCCCUUUCUGCAGUGCACUCGGAGUAUUGAGACUGGCAAGACCAACUUCAACACCUGCUACACAGCUGGGGUUUGCCUCCUCAAAGCCAGGCAGAAGAUUGCUGUGAAGAUGGUGCAUGCUGACAUCUCCAUCAACAUGAGCAAGCACACGACUUUCUUUGGGGCCAUUCGCCUAGGAGAUGCACCUGCAUCCUAGAGAGGAGCUUGUCAUGGCCAAGGAGACUCAGAGAACUGCCCAGUGCUGCUGUUCAUAAGCCUAUCAGUAUUUCAGGGGGUUCUGUAAUCCAGCCAUAAAGGAAACUGAUCCAGAGCUAUUUAUUCCUAGCUGUGAAAUGCAGGAAGCACAAUUGUCCUCUGGGACUUGCAUGGAGACUUGGAUCCAAACCAACCCAAAAAAACAAAGCCUGGUGAGGAAGGAAAAGCUCUCGUGGCUGCCUUGUCUCAGUAGUUCAAGUAUUACUGCACUGAUCCUCUGCUCUGUGAUCUCCACAUGAGGCUUGUUGGGAGAGCUCUGGGCUCUGCUUUUAGGUUGCACUAACAAGAGCAUCCCAGGUGGGAGCAGGAGA